UUCGGACUCUGCCUUGCUGACUGCAGAUUGAAGGGGCUCAGCAUUCAGGAAAUCAAUCCAAAGCGAGUCGACGAGAGGCUUGCCCAGAAGAUGUUACGCAACCCCCGGUCAUGCAUACCGUUCCUGUGAACCCUAUCCAGACAGGGCAUAUCGGCCGCAACAGCCCUGUCCGGAUAGAUAUGCAUGUAGGCGACGAACGAGGCUGAAUUGAAGCACGCUCAGCCUCGCCAGUUGCUUCUUUCUUUUAUUUGGGCGUCGCCCACAAUUUCAGCCCCUGGCGCCUCGAACUCAACUGAAUCCGAGUUCUGACGUCUCGUCCCCGCCAAUGCCGUUAUACCCAGCAUUGUACAGCCAUGAAUGGCCACAAUCGCCCGGCAAGUCGGCACGACUUCCAAGUCGCAAUAAUCACCGCGUUGCCGCUUGAGAACAACGCUGUUAUUUGUUCCUUGGAUGAGCACUGGGAUGACGCCAAUCAUGUCUAUGGUCGGGCUGAGGGCGAUCCCAUCCAGUACAGGUUUGGGAGAUGUGGAGGACAGCCCGUGGUUAUCGUUAUUCUUCACAAGAUUGGGAUGGAAGCUGCAAGCACUGCCGCGCAAUCGCUUAGGAUGAGCUUUCCCUCCAUUAAUCUCGUUCUCCUGGUUGGAGUUUGCGGCGCGGUUCCCUUCACACCUGAUGAUAACAAAACGGAGAUUAUUCUCGGCGAUGUUAUUGUUAGUGAAGUGCUGGUGCAGCUCGACAAUAUUCGCCAGUACCCCCACGGCACGCAACGACGACAGGACACCAUAUAUGACUCACCUAUGAAGCCGAGCGAGGAGGUUGUCGGUCUGUUGCAGUGCUUGAAGACUCAAGCUGAGUUGAACAGAUUGCGCACCAAGAUGAUGGACAACCUUGGCGAAUUACUGCGCAAACCGGCCAUGGAUACAAACUGUCCUCCAGUAUCUGAGGAUAAACUAUUCGAACCAGAUUAUAUUCAUCGACACCAAUCAGGGUGUCUCGAGUGCAGUACAUCGGGAUCGGUUUGCAACGCUGCCUUGAAAUCUUCCUGCGACGCAAUACCUUGUGACGACGCAAGACUCAUGCAACGUAAGCGGUUACUUGCGCAGGUCAAUGGAGCCCCACCUAAUCAUAUGAUUCAUUUUGGAUCAAUUGGUACCGGAAACGUUGUUAUGAAAUCAGCCGAGCAUAGAGAUGAAUGGGCAAGGACCGAAAAGGUUAUAGGCUUUGAAAUGGAAGGAGUGGGAAUAUGGAACAAGUUCAACUGUCUGAUCAUCAAAGGAGUGUGCGACUACGCGGACAGUCACAAGAACAAGAAAUGGCAGACGUAUGCAGCCGCGGUUGCUGCAUCGGUUGCAAAGGGAGUAUUGGGGUAUUAUGCGCCUCAUGACAGGCGAUCUCAUUCAGGUACACCUGAUUCUCGCUUUGAACUGGCUUCACGAACGUCAAGCCUCUCACGCACUCGACUGGAUUCUCAAUCAUUAGGUCUUGUUGAUGACUCUCUGCCCAGAGAGAUUUUCAAUAGAAUUUUCAACGGUUUUGAGAGGGAAUUCGACUCGAAUAAAGUAAAUGUCUAUCGGACCACAGACCUUCGUACCUUGAAGCGGGAGUUGAAACACAUCCAGAAUGAUCAGGAACGAACGAGAACACUGCGGAAUUUAAGACGCAUUGAACCUUUUAUUGUGAAGUUCGAACAGUACGGGGGAGUGUUGCAAAGUAUCCUAGGGACAGCGGAACUUAUGGGCUUCAUUUGGGGACCGGUAAAGGAACUUAUACAGAAAGCCAAAGCCCAGGUAGACACUUUCGACGCUUUAUUGACAGCAUAUGAAGAAAUCGGCGAAGCGCUGCCGAGUUUUGGGGACCAACUUGAGGCUUUCAGACAUAACGUGGGAUUGCAGCGGAUACUUGCUAGGAUCUUCGUGGAUGUCACAGAGUUUCACCACAACGCGUUGAGAAUAUACCUAGGGGGAGCCCUGAAGGCAGUUUUCAAAAGCCUCUGGAAAGAUUUUAAUCCGACGUAUAAGAGUAUUAUGCUCAGAAUACAGUCCCACACUAGAAUGAUCGAAGAUAAGGCUCGGGCUUCGUACAGCCACCUGGGGCAAUACGAUAUGGAUAUGCGGGAAAUCCGUGAUUACCUGAAAGAGAAGGAGAAGGAAACCCACGACUGUCAAGUUAAAGAAACAGAGCGGCGAAAGAAAGAAAUAGAGGAAGUCCAAGGUUGGGUCGGGGGCGCAGAGAGCUAUACCCAGCACCAAGACAUAUGUCGUGACAGGAAUAGCUAUCGCGGCAGUGGAAGCUGGAUCUUAGAACAAGAAAAGGUCCAAGACUGGCUAUCCACAGAUCUCGAGGAAUAUAGUUCUCUGCUCUGGAUCAACGGACACCCAGGGACAGGCAAAACCUACCUUGCAUCCGUUAUAAUCGAUGCAUGUAAGGAGCAUUCGACCGGGAAAACGUGUUACUUCUACUGCAACGAGAAGGCUGAAACAAAAUCUUCCGGUCUCUCUGUACUGUGUGGUAUUCUUCUGCAGCUCAUACCAAAGGACGAGGAUCUUGUCCCUUACUGUCUUUCAAAGAAGAGAGGCUCCCAUACCUCAAACAUAUCCGACAUAUCCACGGCACAGACCCUCAUAGAGACAUUCUGUGAGAGACUGCCGCGUCUGAAUGUGGUUAUUGAUGGGCUUGACGAAUGCGAAGAUGCCAGAAAAGACCUCCUCGAGGCUUUCAAAAAUCUGAUUAAGAAGGCCGAGGACUCCUCCCCAGGAAAAUUGCGCAUCCUUUUCUUAAGCAGACCACUGCCCGAAAUUAGGAGUGCAAUACCGAAUGCCUCUGUCAUUGCUCUGGAGCCAGAGAAUACCAUGUCAGAUAUCCGGAGUUAUUGUCAGCAGAGGAGGACACGCGAACUGGAGAAAUUCCAGUCUGAAGAGUGGCUUGUCAAUGAAGCAGUGGAUAAGAUUUGCAUCAAAUCAAAUGGCAUGUUUCUCUUCGCAAGACUUGUCAUGGACAACUUGCAAAAACAGUCCACUAUUGCCGACUUUAAGAAGGAAAUAAGUCCUACAAUACUUCCAGGCGAACUACACGACGCAUAUGCUCGAAUAAUGGAACGCCUAAAACGGGAUCUCAGCCCGGGGCAGCUGAAGUACACUCGACUACUGCUCGGCUGGUUAGUGUACGCCAAGAGGCCCUUGAAAUGGACAGAAAUCCAAGUUGCAUUGUCUAUUGACAUGGAGGACCUGGACACAAAUGAACUUGACAUGGACCUGAGGAUAUGCGACGAACCCGAGGGGUUGUGUGGAUCCCUAGUGCAAAAGCUGAAAGGAAACCGGUUUGAGCUCAUCCACAGCACCGCGAGACAGUUUAUAGAGGAUACGGACUAUAUCAAUUGGCGCACCGCAGAGUGUGACCUCGCCGUCCGCUGCCUUCGAUACCUCACUCUUGACUUAUUCAAACCCGAUAUAUCGGAAAGAGCCCUCAAAAGGUAUGCUCGACGAGGCGAUCUAGCUUUCCAAGACUACGCAGUUGCAUCUUGGUAUCGGCACAUCAGGACACUUAUCGAUAAAAAGGCUUCAUUUCUGGGCGCAAGCACAGUGCAAAUAGAACACAACGCCCCUAGCCAAGCGGACACUGUAACCCAGGAACUCGCCAACUUCGUAUCCUUCUACGCAGAUGCAUUCCCACACCACGUUCCCGACAAAGCACUCCAGGACUGUGCGUUUUUCCAAAGGUACCCAUUCUACGGCAAUCUCACCAGAGUCUGGGGCCAUAUCUAUACCACACAACACGGUGGCCUAGAAGCAAGAAAUAGCGUAAGCAUCCCCACGUUGAAGGAAACCUUGGCACGCAACCGAGAGCUGCUCGAAAAGCUGAGCCAAGACCCCCAAAUGGACUUCGUCUCGCUAUACGACGACCGCCCAUUCCGCUGUCCAAAGGUGAUGUGCUUCUACUUCCACCAGGGCUUCAAAGGAAGCGCCCUGCGGCAAGAACACGACAGCCAGCAUGACCUGCCAUACCGAUGCAAGGACGAGAACUGCGAGCGAUUCACGCUCGGAUUCCGCUCAAACAACGACCUCGCGGCCCACGAAAAGAAAUUCCACCCGGCGGACUUUGACACUGGCGAUAGUUUUGCGAAUAUACACAGGCGGGAGGUUUCCCCGACGAAAUACUCGUGUCCGAUUUGCAAAAAGUUCUUUGUAAGGAGGAAUAUCCUGGAAGACCAUACCAGGGCACAUCAAGGUGAGAAGCCGUUUUGCUGCUCCGAGUGCGGGAGAGGGUUCACGAGAAAGUCGGAUAUGAGGAGGCAUGAGAAGACUAUCCAUGAGAGGGGGCGGCGGUAGUGACAGACACAAGUUACGCGAGAUGAUAUACUGGGUUGUAUUUCGGUAUAGACGGAAUGUACUCGUUUAUUUAAACAAGUCUCCAUGUUACAAUGCUGUGCAGUAGAUGGACUGAGUGUGGCAAGUCGGC